AUGAUCAACGCUGCCACAUAUUACUCGCAUUUCAAGCGUGAAACUGCACAGGGUCAAGCUGCUCAACAGUCGUGCAGAUGGCUAAGCUCUUUAAGUAAUCAGCGCAUCGAUCAAGCCAUGUUCGUGGACAUGGAACAUGAUCGUAGUCUGUUGACUGUACGCUUCGCUUUAUUGGACGGUGGUUAUAAACCGUCGGCGAACGAGCGAUAUGCUCCAGCCAAGGAUGCAGUGCGCAUACCAGCAUCGGCAAUUGCUGUGAGAAUAAGAUACACAUCAGUUCGACGCAUCAUAUUUGAUACACAUGUUAAGAGGAACGAUGAAAAAGUGACAAGAGUCUAUUUUCAACUGAAUUAUCCAGUUGAAAUACGGCGAUAUCGGCAUCGGCCAAUGGCCGAGCGGCCGGAUUUGAUCUCGAUAGGGAAUGGCAUGCGGCAAAUUUUCUUCCCCGAAAACGACAGGGACCCACAAAAUAAGAAUCCUCGAAACAGAGACAAUUUCAUAAUGGCCAUAAACACUAGUCCAUUCAUGUACAUUGAAUUUGAUUCAUCGUUGGAGGUUUGUUUUUGA